AUGGCCACUGGGCAUGCCACCCAGAUGGCAUGGGCCGAAACGACGUCCGUCGGCUGUGCCUACGCCUACUGCACCGAUACCCAUCAUGUCGUGUGCAACUACUGGCCUCAGGGCAACAUCCAAGGUAGCCAAGCGUACACGCAGGGCAAGACGUGCUCGAAGUGUCCAACCGGGAAGAAAUGCGAGAAAAAGACCGGGCUGUGCGUC